UAAGAUAUUCUACUCCAUGAGCUGAUUUGAGGAACUACAGGAUUGUCCACUUUUUUGUUGAGAGCAGAUGAAACCAUGUCAGGAGCUGGCCACUGACCAAAGGUUUUGUCUUGCCUAAUUCAGGCUUGUUGUCAUUUGCACUUUGUGGGAGCUGGCUCGUAGAUCCACAAGGAAUUUUGUUUCAAUCCUACAGUAUCCCUGUGACACAGAGUAAAAAAUGGAAAAAGAAUUGGGCCUGAUUCUGUUUCUGGUGCUGCUUCUCUGUCACAAGGGCAACACAGAGUCUCAAACCUCUUGUCCAUACAAAUGCCAUUGUUUCACUCCAGUCCAAGUACUGUGUGCUGAUGAACGCAUGGCAUCUUUACCCAGGAACAUGUCCAGUCAGGUCAAGGACUUCAUUAUAAUGACAUCAUCUCUGAUGUACCUGUUCCCCCAUACUUUAAAGGAGAGCCCUCAACUUACCAAGCUUAUCUUCCUAAAUAAUGCACUGCAAAGUAUCAACUCUCAGGCUUUUGAACAUCUGGCUGAGCUGCAGGAGCUGGAAAUCAGUGGGAACCCCUGGCUGGAGCAUUUAUUUCUGGGGACUUUUUCAAAGCAGGGAAACUUGACUAAAUUGCUGCUGAACUUCAACAGGCUCAAGACUGUGCUUCCUGGCAUGUUUGACUCCCUUAAACAGCUAGAAACUCUGCAGAUGAAGGGCAACAUCAUAUCAGAUCUCCCUACAUUUCUAUUCCUGAACCUCCACAGUCUGCGUGUCUUGGAUUUGUCCCAAAAUAAGCUUGAAGGAGUUAAAAAGGAGAUGUUUUCUGGUCUGGCAAGACUGGAGGUCCUGAAAAUGAACUAUAACCUCAUCAGCAAUCUUGCAUCUGACACAUUCCACAAUAUUUCUCAGCUGACAGAGCUUCACUUGGAGGGGAAUAAGAUAUCAGAGCUCGCUGACAAUAUCUUCUUUGUGUUAACCAAACUGAAGGUGCUGAACCUCCGAGGGAACCUUCUUAGAACCUUCAGUAAUAAAGUGUUUGGAUUCAAGGCCACAAAUUUGAAGGAGCUGAACCUAAAAGGCAACAGACUAACUGAGCUGACCUCUCUAAGCAGUUUCACAUCUCUUACUGACCUUAUCUUGUCCUCUAACCAGCUCUCCACCCUUCCUGAAGACAUUUUCAGAAAUGUUACAGCCCUGGAGAAUCUGGACCUGUCUGAAAACCAGCUCACUUUGCUGCCCGAAAGGAUCUUUAAUGAUCUAUUUAUCAUCAAGGCAAUCCACCUUCAGAAGAACAACCUGAGCAUGGUGGACGCCAAACUUUUUGAGGACCAGGACUUCAUUCAGCAGCUCUACCUGUCUGACAACCAGCUGGAAACUCUCCCACCGGGCCUUUUAGACUCUUUUGUCAUCCAGCACACAGUAAGACUGCAUGGAAACCCCUGGAAAUGUGACUGCCAUAUGUGGUAUCUGCAUGACUGGGUGCUGAGAAACAGCCAAGACAUAGAGAUGCUUGACAGGAUGCUCUGCAAGAGCCCCGGCUUUCUGAGAGGACGGCCAGUCAUCUCCGUCGACAGGGACCAACUGGUGUGUCGUUUGUCUAAAGAUAAGAUGCAUGAUCUCAGCAGCUGUAGCCUGCAAGCUUCCAGAGACACUGUGACCAUCAAUUGUAAUGUGGACCAGUGUUCUCCACUGACAGUGAAGGUACAGUUUCAGGGUGAUGACGGCAGUAUUAAGGAGCAUAUUUUGAAAAAUGAGCUUGAACAUUUUCAAUGUAGCAAUGAGGCAACAACCGAGAGUCUCCAUUGAGUAGUACUCCCUGUUAAUUAGACUUUGUUCUUUGUGCAAAUAUAUCCUCAUGCAUUUGGUCUUUCUUCACACAAAGAGUCACAUCAUAUGUUCUUACUGUCACAGUCAAUACUGUAAACAAACCUCUAACUCAGCAGCUGAUAACCAGUUUACAGCCAUCGUGCUGAAUGAUAAGAGGGGUGGAUGAACCCUUUUUUUGUGAAGUUCAAAGUUCAACCCAUUACUUUUUAAGAUCCCCUCACUGCUAAAAGGAACUAUGAGUAACAUUUUAAUCAUCUGCUAAUAUGUGUUUAAUCUCCAGCAGAUGCAUAUGGUGCCUUUGUUUAAGUACAUAGGCAGUGCUUGACUGUCUUCAGAUGUCUUGAUAACCACUAGGCUGAAUUCAUAGGUUGAAAAUCUUGUCAAAAUGAACAUCAUCAGGACAACAAGUGCAGAAUACUAAGUAGUGUUUGAACAUGCCCCAUUUAUUUUACAGUAAGACGUUUUGAAACAGCUGCCCAUGUAAAAUGUCAAUAAAAUGUAGUUUUUGCUUCAAA